UCAUUACACUUUCACCAGCAGAGGGGGGAAAACGAAGUUUGCGUUAGAUCUAAGAGAAAAACCAUACACACAGAGAAAACGUUCUUUAUAAACUAAGCAAUUCUCACCAAACGUCUCCUAAUCACCAUCGAGAGUUGGAGACAACGACGAAUAGAUCCAAGCCCAAUCAAGGAGGGAGGAUUUAAUGGUGAUUGAGACUUCCAGGAGGAGGUGGUGAUUGUCUGAUUGACCAGGAGUCAUUGUGGGAUCAUAAAACGGAGUGGAUUGGAUGGACAAGAAUAAGAGCCGUACCGAUCUGCUGGCUGCUGGUCGUAAAAAGCUUCAACAAUUUCGUCAGAAGAAGGAUGGUAAAGGUAAUAGCAGUCAUGGAAAAUCCUCCAAAAAAUCUGGCAAAUCUGAGCAGCAAGAAUCUUGUACUGAUGCAGUAUUAAAUACAGCCAACUCAACAGCAUUGCCAGAGGUUCUUGAAGGGGAAAUUGUGUCUAACAUCGAUUCCAAUUUGGGAGUUGAAGAUUCUUCAUUUUCUCAUUCAAUAGAGAAUUCUGUGGUUUCUGGUGUCGAUAUUGCGGCUGUUGAUCCAUUGUCAAUUCCCAUGAUAACUGACACAUCAUCGAUUGAUGACACCAAUAUGGAUAAGCAGGCAGUGGGAGUUCAUGAGAAUGAUAUCGACUCAUCAAACUCUAGUAAUGUGGAAAGGAUUGAUGUGUUGGCCCCUUCUGUUAUAGUUGAGACUAUGGAUGAUACUUCUGUCACAUUUGAAUUGGAGAGCAGAAGUAGGGAAAAGGAGGAGUUAUUGCCAUCAAAAGAAGAUACUCCUGAUGCAAGGGGAGAUCAGGUACUGGAUGUAGGGGCAAUGCAGGAAGCUGAUGGUUUGGGUUUGAAGCAAUUUGGCAGAAGCAGUGUCAUAGGACUUGAAGGAAAUGGGAAACUGGCUUUGUCUGAGCAUGGUGAUAAUGCUGAAACUGGAGAAAGGGUAGCUUCUGAACAGACUGGUAUGGCUGAUGUGGCAUAUUGGUUGAACCAAAAUGAUGGCGCAUGUGGUGAAUCUGCUCCUGCCAGUGCUACAGACAAGAUGGAUGAGCCUCUGGCAUCUACUUUGUCUCUUUCGGUGGCAGAUGGAACCUUGGGUGGUGUUAACGAAGUGGCAAAUCAACAAGGGGAAGUCAUUCAUGUGGGUCCAUCAAAUAUAGAAGAUGCUGAGAUGCUGUCUGGGGCUGGUUAUUGUGGAAAAAAUGAGGAAGGCAUUCAAGCUGAUGGGAUUGCAGAGGCAUGUAAGCAGCAAUAUAUGCCUGAGGAUUCUUUUAUAUUUGUGGUUAAAAGCCAUGAAGAGCCUCUGUUGACUAAAUUGACGAAUUCAUUUGAUGGCUUUCCUGCAUCUCCUCCGGGUCAAGCAAGCCCAAUCAAUCUUUCGCAGCUCAUUGAUGUGAUAAAAGGGCUCAGUGAAGAUGACUAUAGAUUGCUGCUUAGGUCAAGAGGAUCGAUUGAUAUUUUGAUCUCACUGGAACAUGGAUUUCCUUGUUUAAUGGAGCGACUCAGGGAAGAAUUAUUCCUUACAAGCUGUACGAAGGAUAUACUGCAAUUGCAACUUACUGAACAGUCAUAUAUGCAAAUGGAGUAUGAUCACCUGUUUCAACAAUUGGAUGAUGAACUGUCUGUGCUUCGUGCUUCACUCAAUGAAGCUCAUGAAAGGUGUGAAUCCCUUGCUGAAGAGCUUGUGGAAUGCAGGUCUGAACUCAUUGCUGUUGUUAGUGGGAGGGAGGAGCUCCAACUUCAAUUCCAUGCGGCAAAGGCAGAGGUUGAGGAAGUUUCUGCCAGAGCAAACGAGUUGCAGAACAGUCUGGAAAUGUCACAAUCGGAUGUAUCAAACUUAUUGAAGGAGUCAGCUGACUCUAAGGGAUUGGUGGGGGCAUUACAUGCUGAAAAUAAGAACUUAAAUCAGACUAUUGCUUUACUGACUGAGGAGAGAAAGAAACUUGUGGAGGAAAAGCUUGUUUGUCUGUGUGAGAAUGAGAAGUUGUUGAAGGAGUUAGCUGACUGCAGGAAUUCAGUGGCAGCCUUACAGGUGGAAAGUUCCAACUUAAGUGGAACUCUUGCUUCAGUGACAGAGAAGAACAAGAAGCUUGAAGAGGACAAGGAGUGUCUUGCUAACGUGAAUGAGAAGCUAUCCAUGGAUUUGUCUAAUUGUAAAGGCUUGGUGGAAGCCCUACGGGUGGAAAAUGCCAACUUAAGGGGAGACCUUGUUGUGGUCUUGAAGGACAGAAAGAAACUUGAAGAGGACAAGGAGUAUUCUGAUCGUGAAAUGGAGAGACUUACAUCUGAGCUUCUUGUUCUUCAUGAGAGGAUAUCUAAGGAUCAUGGGGAACGCAGACAGUUAGAGGUUGAGCUAAAAGAAGUAAGAAUGCAUCUUGAACAGCUAUCUGAGGAAAACAUAUUUCUUCAAAGCAGUUUAGAACUACAUAGAGCUAAGUUUAGAGAAAUUGAUGACAAGCAAGCCCUAAGAACUUGUCAAGGUGGGGAAUUUCCAAAUCAAGAAGGAGGUGUGGAAGUACAGAUCACAAGCUGUGAGAAAGAAGCUGUUGAUGAGCGGUCUCACCAAAUGCUUGGAAAUCAAAAUGGUGAACUGUCUGAUGGCCUUUCUGGUGGGUUGCUACCUGUGCCAUUUGAGCCAGAAGUCUUCGAUGAUUCUUUGGGUUUUGUAGUCUUGAAAGGACACCUGGAGGAAGGAGAAAGAAUUUUGCAAAAACUUGAGGAGGCAAUUGAAGGUAUGCAUUUACAGGUGGGAUCCUUGAGUGGAGCUACUGGUAAAGUAGCAGCUCCAGCUGUAUCAAAACUAAUUCAGGCUUUUGAGUCAAAGGUGCAUCACGACGAGCAAGAGGCAGAGGAAAGGGCAAUGAUAGAUGAUCCAUCAGCUGUAGGUGAUCCAUUUUUGUCAACAAAAGAGCAUAUAAGAGAUUUGAAGGCAGUACUUAAGCAGUUAGCCUUGGAUGCUGUGAAUGCGAGGUUAUUAUUCGAGACAGAGAGAGAUGGGAGAAGUGCUGCUAAUCUCACAAUCAAAGAGCUUAAGUUUCAGUCUGUAUCCAUUAAGGAACACACUGAUGAUUUAGAAGCAACCAACAUUGAGCUUGUGGUUCUUUAUGAAGCUGUAAAGCAACAUGUUUCUGAUGUUAAAGAAAAGAACCAAGAGCUAGAGGUUCUUUGUGAAACUUUGAAGAAACAAGACAGUAGUCUUAAAGCUGAAAACAGUGAGCUUGGUGAAAAAUUGUCCGAGUGUGAAUCAAGGAUUAAUGAAUUGCAUAGUCAAUUGCAUGAUUUACAGCGAAGUUCAGAUGAGCUGGCUUCUGUACUUCGUGGUCAAUUGGAAACUUUCCAGAAGGAAGCGGCUGAUAGGGCACUGACAGCUGAGCUAGAAUGGAAUUCUACUGUUUCUCAGAUUAUUGAAGCAGUUGAGAGGCUUGAUGACUCUACUGGAUUUCUGAUCACCUCCUUCAUUGCAACUGGCAGUAAUGUUUACAUGGAUAUAAGUAGCCAUGCUACUGCUUCUGUUAAUGCAGCUAUUAAAACCAUUGAGGACCUGAAGAAGAAACUUGAAGUGGCUUUCUCAGACCAUGAAGCAACCUUUAAUUUAUUCAAAGAAGUGAAUGAGAAGUGGAAUGAUUUAUUAGCAAAGAAUGAAUUAGCCUGUGGUACAUUGCGUAGGUUGUAUUGUGAGCUUAGGAAACUUGUGGCAGAUUCAUGUGGCUUCCUGGGAGAAUCUGAUAUUGACAUACAAGAUGAGGAGUUGCCUGGUCCUGUGGAUUACAAUGUGUACAAAACCCUGAUGGCACAAUUGGAGAAUUUUCUGGCUGAGAGGCUGCAUCUACAGUCUGUUAACAACCAAAUUAGUUUGGACUUGAUGAGUAAAACAAAAGCUGCUGAGGAACUGAACAGAAGAUGUAUUGAUCUAAGUUCCAUUGAAAAGUUAAUUGAACAUGUUGAGGGUCUAGUUAAACCAGAAGACAGUGAGGUGGACUUGGAUGGAAUUCCUAUUUCGCGUUUGGAGUCAUUGGUGUCUUUCCUUGUUCAUAAAUGCAAGGAGGCUGAUAAGCAAGUUAGCUCUUGUAGGGAAGAGUUUGGAUCGAAGGAGGAGGAAUUGACAGAAUUACAGGAAAAGAUGCAUCAGUUAACUGCCUUGAAAGUUCAGCAUGAAACAGAAAUCCUUCUCCUCAAAGAAAAAUUAAACCAAGUUGAGGAAGCUCUUUCCAGUAUGCAAUCCGAAUUACAGGAGAAAGUGCGUGAACUUGAACAGUCGGAGCAUAGGGUAUCUUCAAUUAGAGAGAAGCUUAGCAUUGCCGUUAACAAGGGGAAAGGAUUGGUCGUGCAGCGUGACAGUCUCAAGCAGUCCCUGUCAGAAACAUCCAAUGAAUUGGAAAGAUGUUCACAGGAGUUACAGCUGAAAGAUACCAGACUGCGUGAGUUAGAAACAAAAUUGAAGACUUAUUCAGAGGCGGGAGAACGUGUGGAGUCUCUUGAAUCUGAGCUUUCGUACAUUCGCAACUCUGCUACUGCAUUAAGAGAAUCAUUCCUUCUCAAAGACUCGGUGCUUCAAAGGAUAGAAGAGAUUUUAGAAGAUCUAGAUCUACCGGAGAAUUUUCAUUCAAGAGAUAUAAUUGAAAAGGUUGAUUGGUUAGCCAGAUCAGCCACUGGAAACUCUUUGCCACCAGCUGACUUGGACCAGAAGUGUUCUGCAGCUGGUUCUUAUUCUGAUGCUGGUUUUGUUGUGAUGGAUGCCUGGAAGGAGGAUAUACAGCCAAGUUCAAAUUCAGGGGAUGAUUUGAGAAGAAAAUAUGAUGACCUUCAAGGUAAGUUUUUUGGGUUGGCUGAACAAAAUGAAAUGCUGGAACAGUCAUUAAUGGAGAGGAACCAGUUGGUGCAGAGGUGGGAGGAACUUUUGGACAGGAUUAAUAUGCCUGCACACUUACAAUCUAUGGAACCAGAAGAUAGGAUUCAGUGGUUAGGAAAUGCACUUUGUGAGGCUUAUAAUGAUAGGAACUCUCUGCUGCAGAACAUUGAUAAACUCCAAAACUAUUGUGGAUCCCUAACUGCCGAUUUGGAACAGUCUCAAGAGAGAAUAUCGUGCCUAAAUGUUGAAUUGGAGGAGACACAGAGGAGAUUAUCUACUUGUCAGAUGGAUAUUCAAGAAGUGAUCCGUGAGAGAGACAACCUCUUUGAAAGAUUGGAGAUUCAGAGCUUUGAUCAUGAGAAACUUUCAGCAAAGGCAGUCCAGCUUGGACUUGACAAUGAAAAACUGCAGACCGAAGUCACUGCUUUGCAGGAGAAAUUGCUUCAGAAGCUUGGGAAUGAAGAGCAUAUUCAGCAAAUGAAUGGCGAGAUAUGCAGACUGCAGGAUUUGGUUUGUGAUGCAUUGAAGGAUCCUGGUGCAAAAGAUUUGAUUUCUGGUGGGAAUAGUAUUGAGUGCUUGGAAGGACUACUGAGGAAGCUUAUAGAAAACUACGCACCUCUUUCUUUGAUGAAACCUGUGCUUAAAGAUGCAGUUGAGGAGCAACAUGCUAAAGAAGCUGAUACAAAUCUUGGUGAAGAGAGAAUUAGAGAUAUCCUGGAUAAUUUGGAAUCUGAUGUAGCUCUUCUGAAGAGAGAUGCGGAGGAUAGUACUGAACCAAAUGUGGGUGUUCUGAAGAAAGAGCUGGAGGAGAAGUUGAGUGAACUGGUACUUGUGAAGGAGGAAAGGGAUAGAUAUGUGGAGAAGCAACAAUCUUUGAUUUGUGAGAUUGAAGCACUUGAAAGACAAAAGAUGGAGUUGCAAGAGCUACUUAGUCAGGAGGAGCAGAAGUCUACUUCUGUAAGAGAUAAGUUGAAUGUUGCAGUUAGAAAAGGAAAGUCUUUGAUUCAACAACGUGAUAGUCUGAAACAAAGUAUUAAAGAGAUGAGUACCGAGUUGGAACACUUGAAAUCUGAGAUCAAGCACCGGGAAAAUUCUCUUGCAGAAUAUGAAUUGAAAAUGAGAGACUUAACUACUUUCUCUGAUAAGGUGGAAGCCCUUGAAUCUGAGAGUUUGUUCUUGAGGAAUCGUUUGGCUGAAAGUGAGCGCAUUUUGCAGGAGAAAGAACAUAACUUAACCAUGGUUUUGAAUACUUUAGGAGACAUUGACCUUAGUGGUGAAAUUUAUAACAGUGACCCCAUUAAGAAGUUGGAACAAGUUGUUAACUUCUGCCGUGAUCUGCAUGCUGCUGUGGCUUCUUCAGAGGAAGAGUCUAGAAAAUCUAGAAGAGCAGCAGAACUAUUGCUUGCAGAACUGAAUGAAGUUCAGGACAGGAAUGAUAGCCUCCAAGAGGAGCUGGCCAAAGUCAGUAUUGAACUUGCACAGCUUUCCAAUGAUAGAGAGGUAGCAGAGGUUGCAAAAUAUGAAGCCCUUUCACGUCUUGAAAAGUUAUCCUUGGAUCACAUUGAGGAGAAAAAGAAACAAUAUUCUGGGCUUGCUUUGUUAAAAUCUGCUGCAGAUCAACUCAGGAAGAGCUUCUCUGAUAUCAAUAAUUUACUAGCUGGUUUUUUCUCCAAGGACUUGGAAUUUCUGCAAAAUCUGGAGUCUGGUAUGAAGUCAUGCCUUAAUAGAGCAGAAGCUGACCUUGUGGUUCGCGUACCUCUUUUUAGUGCAUAUGAUGACAUCACUGCCAGCAAUUUAGGAAACAAGGGGAACUUCAUGUUUGUGGAUUUUUCAUCAGAAACCAACAUGCUGGAGCAUUUGGAUGAUGAUUUUAUUUCUGAAGUUUGUAUUUCUUUGCAAGAAUUCAUUAAAGAAAUUGCCGCUGUUAAUAAAAUGUUACAUGAACACACUGCUGCAUUUCACAAACAAGCUAGCAGUCUAUCCAAAUUAAUGGGUUCCACUUGUAGAGACAUGAGUUCCCAAAAAGAGUCAUUUGAGGCCAUGAAGCAAGACGUUAAGCUUAUAGAAUCAAAUGGAAAAGAAAAGGACAUGCAGAUUGUUACAUUGCGCCGGAAUAUUGCCUUGCUUCAUGAAGCCUGCACCAGAUCACUCACGGAAAUUGAAAAUAGAAAAGCUGAAGUUGUCGCAAAUAGUUUGGCUGCUCGAAAUCUGGGGAUAAAUUUGAAACCAGCAACUUAUGGUGAUGGUGGACUUCCCUUUGGUGGAGAGAGUUAUUUUUCAUCCGAGGAACAUGUCAAGACUACGGCAGAAAAAUUGUUAUUGGCCGUGAAAGAUCUUGCUAGCUUAAAAGGUGAGAUUAUAGAGGGUAACGAGAAGGAAAUGAAAAUUACCAUAUCAAAUUUGCAGAAGGAGCUUCAGGAGAAGGAUAUUCAAAGAGAGAGAAUUUGCAAGGAUCUUGUCAGUCAAAUCAAGCAAGCAGAAGCUGCUGCAACUAGCUACUCCCGAGAUCUUCAAUCUUCAAAAUCUCAGGUGCAUGAUUUAGAGAAAAAGGUAGACAUGAUUGAAGUUGAGCGGAAUAGCUUGGAGCAGAGAGUAAAGGAACUUCAAGAUCAGCAAACCAUCUCAACAGAGUUACAGGAGAAAGUUAGAUCUCUGACUGAUACGCUUAAUGCCAAAGACCAAGAAAUUGAAGCCCUAAUGCAAGCUCUUGAUGAGGAGGAAAUUCAGAUGGACGAUUUAACAAAAAAAGUAGGGGAAUUGGAAAAGAUUGUCCAGCAAAAGAAGUUAGAUAUCGAAAACCUUGAAGCCUCUCGUGGGAAGGUUGUGAAAAAGCUUUCCACUACUGUCAGCAAGUUUGAUGAGCUUCAUCUUUUUUCUGAAAGUCUCCUUGCUGAGGUUGAAAAGCUUCAAUCACAGUUGCAAGAUCGUGAUGCUGAGAUCUCUUUCUUAAGGCAAGAGUUAACUAGAUGCACAAAUGAUGCUCUUGUUGCAUCUCAGAUAAGCAACAAGAGAAAUUCAGAUGAGCUUUAUGAGUUAUUGACAUGGAUAGCCACAGUGUUUUCUCUAGAUGUCAAUCUUGAUGAUAGCAGUCAGGUUCACGAGCAGAGAGAAAUAAUUCAGAAAAAGAUUACUUCUGUUUUGUCUGAAUUGGAGAGCAGGGAUGCAUUAUUGCAAAUAAAGAGAAGUAAAGUAGAUGAUUUAACACGCAGAGUAGAAAUUCUUGAGAAAUCUUUGCGUGAGAAGGAAUCUCAAUUAAAUGUGCUUGAAGUUGGUGAUAUGGGGCAGCCAACCAGUACAAGCUCUGAAAUUUUGGAAGUUGAACCUGUGAUAAAUAAAUGGACAGUGCCUGGGCCCUCCACUGCUUCUCAAGUUCGCAGUUUGCGUAAAGUCAAUAAUGAUCAAGUUGCUAUUGCUAUAGACAUGGAUCCUGGUGGCACUAGUAGACUAGAAGAUGAAGAUGAUGAAAAAGUUCAUGGUUUCAAGUCACUCACUUCAUCAAGAAUUGUCCCAAAAUUUACUCGACCUGUAACUGACAUGAUUGAUGGUCUAUGGGUUUCUUGUGAUCGGGCACUAAUGCGACAGCCUGCCUUGAGACUUAGUAUUAUGAUCUAUUGGGCUGUACUGCAUGCAUUACUUGCAGCUUUUGUGGUUUGACAAGCCAAACUGGUUCCCAUGUAUUUUGAAGGCCAGGUGAGCACAAACUCCUGUCCAGUAUCAUGCGUCUGAUGUGUUUUGAGCCUGUGUAUAUAAUGAUUUUGUUUUCCUUUCAAAUAUGACCAGAUUGAUUUAUUGUUUAGGCUCAACCAGGCAAACUGCGAUUGCAAUUUUAGUUUUACAAAUCUCGGAUUGCUUGGUUGUAUCCAAUAAGAGGGGGGCAAAAAAAAAAAAAAAAAACCUUGUUUACCAUUACAGAGGGCAUGGCAUUAGAAUUUGUUUACUUGAACCAACCAAAGGUUGUAUCUUACUACUUUCAUCAUCACAUUAUUUCUUUAUAAGCUUAGAGGGUUUUUCUCUUGAAAUUGAACUUCGCCGGCACUUUGAAUGGUAUUUGUACGCGGUAAGUUUUUGGUUAGCAGAUUGUAUUCAUGUCCAAAGUCCAACAACAACAAAUUUUGGGUAUGGAUUGGUGUUAUAGUUUUGCUCAAUCGAAACUUAGAUAAGUUGUAAUUCUGAAUAACCAAUAGCAGAAAUUAGUAGUUGAGAUCAUUUGAA